UUGUACUCUGGCCAGCCACGGAUUGGCCGAGGUGUGACAGGAUUACGCGAAAAGUAUGAAAAUAUCAGUCGCUGGCCGAAAUUCCCACUGAAAAUCCCAUUUUUUUCAGGUGGAAAAUCAUGAUCUCGAACGACCACGAUCGCCGCAAGCAAAUCAGUGUUCGCGGAAUUGCGCAAGUCGAAAAUGUCAGCAACAUCAAGAAGGCGUUCAAUCGACACUUGCAUUUUUCCAUCAUCAAGGUAGACAUUUAUUGGGCUGGGCUGUGGCCUAGGAGAGGUGGAUGUGGAUUUCUAGGCCUAGGGCCCGAAUGAAACUCACAUUUUUCUGAUUUAAAAAAAUAACGGACUAAAUGAAAUUCAUCCGCGUGAACUAGAAAAUUUGUAUUUACACGUGUUUUGGGCAUUUUCAAAAAAUUGGGCCCGAAGCAUUUAGUCCUCAAAAAUCGUAAGUGUUUCAAUAUUAUGACGUGGCUUUUUUCAGCCUUUUUUGUUUUUGUUGUUGAACCAAGCAAGUUCUACAUUUUUUUCACAAGAACAUUGAACUUUUUUUUGGAUGUUUUAUCAGUUGAACAAAAAAAUGAUAGGAGAGAGUUUGAUAAACAAAUACACACACACAGUAUUUAUAUUAGAAAAUUGCAAAAUAAACUUGAUAUGUCCUGACCCGAAGAAAAAAUGGAACAUCACGUGGAUGUCACGUGGUUUUCUGUGUUUUUAACUUUUGGGGAAGGCCUUGAGAAGACUUGGGAUUCUCGGGGACUUCUAUAAUUUCAGACGCUUUGAAGAUAUUCAAAAAAUGCCACGUCAUAGUCAGAAUUCAACUGGAAAACUGACGUGGAACUUUUUUGAAGAGCGUCUGAACUUGCAGAAGAUUCUGUAAGAAUUUCUUGAAAUCUCGAAGUUUUCUGUAAUUUCAGACGCUCGAAAAAUUAAAAUAAAAAUGCCACGUCAUAGCCCAAAUUCAAAGUAGACUUUGGACUAUGACGUGGAACUUUUUUGAAGAGCGUCUGAACUUGCAGAAGAUUCUGUAAGAAUUUCUUGAAAUCUCAAAGGUUUCUGUAAUUUCAGACGCUCGAAAAGUUUAAAAAAAAUGCCACGUCAUAGUCUAAAUUCAAAUGAAUAAUCAUGAGCUUCAUAAUUUUUGAAAUUGAAUUCGGACUAUGACGUGGCGUGUUCCGGGGGUUUCUCCAUCUGAAAGCACAAAAAACCCUAUCAGAACAUCCAAAAUUAGACCCCCCCCUCUCCAAAUUUGCCACGUCAUAACUCUUCCAAUUUUUUCUAGGAUCGUAACGUUGCCACCGAACGAGACUACUAUUUCGCGCUCGCCAACACCGUUCGCGAUCAUCUCGUCUCCCGCUGGAUUCGCACUCAACAACACUACUACGAAAAUGACCCGAAACGUGUCUACUAUCUCUCGUUGGAGUUCUACAUGGGUCGAACUCUCUCGAACACAAUGAUGAAUUUGGGAAUCCACGCGACCGUCGACGAAGCGCUCUAUCAACUCGGUUUGGACAUUGAAGAGUUGCAGGAAAUCGAAGAGGAUGCCGGACUCGGCAACGGUGGUUUGGGACGACUUGCCGCCUGCUUCUUGGAUUCAAUGGCCACACUCGGAAUUCCGGCCUAUGGAUAUGGUUUGAGAUAUGAAUAUGGUAUUUUCAAGCAACUCAUUCGUGAUGGUUGGCAAGUUGAGGAGCCGGAUGAUUGGCUUCGCUUCGGAAAUCCAUGGGAAAAAGCGCGUCCCGAAUACAUGCUUCCCGUCAACUUCUAUGGAAAAGUUGUCAAGGACGAGAAGGGAAAAUCGAAGUGGAUCGACACCAGCGUUGUUUUCGCCAUGCCUUAUGACACCCCAGUUCCAGGCUUCAAAAACAACAUUGUGAACACUUUGAGACUUUGGUCGGCCAAGGCUGAAAAUCAUUUCCAUUUGAAGUUCUUCAACGAUGGAGAUUAUGUGCAAGCUGUUAUGGAUCGUAAUUUGUCGGAGAAUAUUACUCGCGUUUUGUAUCCAAAUGAUAAUGUGAGGGUUUUUGGACGGAAAUUCAGACAGGCCUAGUUCAUUCAAAAAAGCCUGUAUUUCAGCCGAGCCUCGAUUAGCCUUAAAUUGAUACUAGAUUUCUUUUCGGACCUGAAGAGAUUCCAAGAGAAUUUGACGGGCCUAAUUAUCGCCUCUCAAGUUGAUCCUGGUUUUUGGAGAAGCCUAAACUUGACUUGAAGUUUUGAGAGGCCUGAAUCAAUUCUGAAAUUCCUGACAGGCCUAAAUUAGGCUCUCAAAUUGACAGGUCCAAAUCGAGCCUAGAAAUUUUGACAAGCCUAAAUUGAAGUGAAACCUAAAUUAAUUUUAACAUGCCUGAAUUUUUUCAAGCCUAAUUCAUUUUGAAAAUUACUCAGAAGCUUAAAAUUACAGACAAGAUUAGCCUCGAAUUUUUACUUUUUUACUAGAUUUUUUUUGCGCCUAGAUCGGGCCUAAUUAACGCUUCUCAAGAUGAGCCUGGUUUUUGGAGAAGCCUAAACUUGACCUGAAAUUUUUAGAGUCCUAAAAAAGUUCUAGAAUUUUGAUAGGCCUAAAAUAGGUUCCGAAAUUGAUAGUCUGAGAUUUCUGAAUGACCCCCAGACAAACAGCCCCCUGCAUUUCCAGGCUCUAGAACCUCUCCCCAACCCUUCUCAUUUCAGAUGUUCCUCGGCAAAGAACUCCGUCUCAAACAACAAUACUUCUUGGUCGCCGCCACUCUUCAAGACAUCAUCCGUCGCUUCAAAUCGUCAGUCUACGGAAAUCGCGAAGCUGUCCGCGUCAACUUUGACACCUUCCCCGACAAGGUUGCCAUUCAACUCAACGACACUCAUCCAUCCAUCGGAAUUCCUGAACUCAUUCGUCUUUUGAUCGACGUCGAGGGACUUCCAUGGGAACAAGCAUGGGAGAUCUGUGUCAAGACCUAUGCCUACACCAAUCACACUUUGUUGCCAGAAGCUUUGGAAAGAUGGCCAGUCUCGUUGAUGCAAAAUCUUUUGCCACGUCAUUUGGAGAUUAUUUAUGAGAUCAAUCAGAAGUUCAUGAACACCAUCUCCACCAAAUAUCCAGGAGAUUUCGAUAGAAUGCGCCGAAUGUCGAUUGUCGAAGAGGCUGAUCAAUUUGGCGAGAAGCGCAUCAACAUGGCUCAUUUGUGCAUUGUCGCUUCGCACGCCAUCAACGGAGUUGCCGCUCUUCACUCUGAACUUCUCAAGAGCUCCACCUUCAAGGACUUCUUCGAGUUGUAUCCGGAGAGAUUCCAAAAUAAAACAAAUGGAAUUACGCCAAGAAGAUGGUUGUUGCUGUCGAAUCCAAGUUUGGCUGAUUUGAUUGUUGAGAAGAUUGGAGAAUCGUGGAUUACUAAUUUGGACGAGUUGCAGAAACUCAAGGAAUUUGCCAAUGAUGCAGGUCGGUCAGAAUUUUAGAACCUUGUAUUCAAGAUUUUUCUAGUUGGUUUUGACCUGGUUUCAAAAUCUACAAGACUCAUCUUCUGAUAUGACUUAUGACGUGGCAAAAUCUGAAAUUUUCGAAAAAUUGUGACAUAACUAGUUUCAAAAAUAAUACAUAUUCAUAAAAAUUUGCUCGAGACUAUCAGAUUUUCAUGAAAACUAUUUUUGAAGCUAGUUAUACCCGCCUGAAGUCACAAAUUUCAGACUUUUCCACGUCAUAACUCAUAUAGGGAAUGGAGUUUUGCAAUUUUUGACAAAAGUAUCAUGAUCAGCUAAUCAAAAUCUACUGUUCCUAAUAUUUUCCCCCUUCAGGUUUCCUCGAUUCAAUUCGUCGCGUCAAAUUGGAGAACAAACACCAUGUCGCGCAAUAUUUGAGUGAUGAAUACAAUGUUCAAAUCAAUCCAGCUUCACUUUUCGAUGUGCACGUCAAGAGAAUCCACGAAUACAAAAGACAAUUGUUGAACAUCCUCCACGUCAUCGCAUUGUACAAUCGAAUUAAAGCGAAUCCAUCAAUCGAUAUGGUGCCAAGAACUGUUUUGUAUGGUGGAAAAGCUGCGCCAGGUUAUCAUAUGGCUAAACAAAUUAUUCGUUUGGUUACCGCUGUCGCUGAACAAGUUAAUAAUGAUGCGAUUGUUGGUGAUCGUCUCAAGGUGAUCUUCUUGGAGAAUUAUCGCGUUUCGAUGGCUGAGAAGAUUAUUCCGGCCGCUGAUUUGUCUGAACAGAUUUCGACUGCCGGAACUGAAGCGUCGGGAACUGGAAACAUGAAAUUCAUGUUGAAUGGAGCUUUGACUAUUGGAACACUUGAUGGAGCCAAUGUUGAGAUGGCUGAGGAGAUGGGAAAUGAGAAUAUCUUCAUUUUUGGUGCGUUUUUUGAGGAAUUUUGAACCAAACACGUGGCAAAAAUCCAGGAAAAUUCAAUUUUUUUCGAAAAUUUUGAUUUUCCACGUGGCAAAAUCAUUUUGUUUCGAAAAAUUAGAAAUGGAUUUGCCACGUGGAAGUCACGUUUAAAAAAAUAUAUCAUUUUCAUUUUUCAAAAUUGAGCAUUUUUAAAUUGCCACGUCAUUUCUAGUCUGAAAUUUUGCAGAUAUUUUUUUUCAAAUUUUUUAGAUUUUCAAGGUUCAUUUUUCUUAGACUGAGAUUUUUUCAAUUUUUCAAAACCGGUUCACAAAUCGGUUCUGGAACCGAAAAUUAAUAUUUCUAGUUCUACCAAAAAAAAUCAAAAUUUUCGAAAAUCCUAUUUUUUGCAGGAAUGAAUGUCGACGAAGUCGAAGCUCUCACCAAACGCGGAUAUUCCAGUCAAGAAUUCAUCAACAAAAGCCCAGUUCUCACUCAAAUCAUCGAACAAAUCGACAACGGAAUGUUCACACCAGAAGAUCCAACACAACUUCGCGAUCUUUCCAACAUGCUUCGCUUCCACGAUCGAUUCAUGGUUUGCGCCGAUUUUGAUGCUUAUAUUGAGGCUCAAGAUAAGGUUGGUUGUCUUUUCGCAACAAACCUGUUCAUUUGCAAUAGUGCAAAUAUUGAUUGUUCGCUCCAUUGCGAAUGAACACGCGUGUUCUUUCUUCUUUUCUCCCCAUACAAUAAAUGAAUCACAUUCUUUUCAUUUUUAGGUUGCCGCCACUUUCCGCGAUCAGCCAACAUGGUCCCGAAUGGCGUUGAACAAUAUCGCUUCAACCGGAAAAUUCUCCACCGAUCGUACCAUCGCUGAAUACGCUCGUGAGAUUUGGGGAAUCGACAAGUUCGAGAGCAGCUUGCCGGCACCGUAUGAAAAUGAGAAGGCUGAAUAA